CGCCACCGAAGCUCCAAACAAUGUACACGUUUAUAUGCAUUCCGUCUUUUAUUGAAUGAUCAUGAAAUGCAAGCAUGAACUUAUCCAAGCCUUAUGUGCUUCGCUGCCUUAACUAAACAAAUGAUUACAAAUAUGUAUAUAUCAUGCAUGAUAUACAUGUGGUACUAGUAUAUAUAUAUCGUGAUAUGGAUAUAUGAACCGUUGCGACAAACAAAUUCCCUCAGAAUGUUUUAGUUUCAAAGUGCAAUAUGAAAUUUUAUAUAGAGUUUACAACAACAACUCCAUAUGUUGUAAAAACUUUAUGUUGCACUUUAAAACUAAAAUAUUCUGAGGUAAUUUGUUUGUCGCAAUGGUUCAUAUAUGCGAUGUUUUUUUCUGUUCGUUCACUCUGAGGCAACAGUGUGAAUGGGCGAUAAGUCAACGCCAUUGGUGUGCAAUGUGAAUGAAAAAAGGAGAGCAACGCGAGAUUGAGACAAAAAAAAUGGUCAACAUUUUUAUUAACUACGCAGUUGAUUUGAUAUCGUGCGAACCGUAUGGAUAUACAACGUGUCAACGUGUGUGUAUUGUAAUGGUUAGAAUAACUGAAUUACAUUCAAUACACUUCAAUCGAGUGCGAAGCAAUUGGAUUGAAUUGGUUAGCGUUUCAUUUACACGAAAAUAAGCUUUAGGCUAUUUUUGGUAGCGAAAUCGACGGCGGUAGUACAAUAAUGGAAUACCUUCUUUGUUAUUCAUGCGAUCGAAAAAUAGACAUAGAAGAAGUACUAACGAGAACAAAUACGGAACAGAAAAUGGAAUUUAAUUGAUCAAUUUGUAUGCAAAUUGAGUGAAAAAGAAUUCAUAGUCCAACGAAUCGAUGUGAGACUCCGAAUGAGAAAGAGUCGAAGCACAUGUGAAAUGAAAAAAAUAAAUAAAGAAAUUCAACUCUUUUUCUUUGUUGCUGUUGUUGUUGUACGUGUGGAAGGACAAAGUGUGGUGCCAUAUCGUAUAGCGAAAGGAAGAAAAAAAUGAAUAUCUAUACAGUGACAUGUGUGUAUAUAGUAUAUAUGAUUAUGCAUAUAUGAGGCUGAUUACACAGCGGACGUGAUUUGACUACGCAGCAUUCGGCACGACAGCAUUCGUAUCAAUUCAAGUAUAUAACGAACAGCGAGAGCGAUAUAGCAUAUACUUCGGUAUGCCGGUACAUUUUAUUUGAUUGAACUAGAUAUUCGUUUUAUUCUCACUCGCAGAAAGCACACAUUCUGUUUACUCAUGAAUGACAAGAAAAAUAAAGGUUCCUGUCUCCCAACAAAACCACACUUCAGCUGCAGUCCACCACACACUCACCAUACACUCAUACACACACAUACACACACACACGAAAACAUUGAAACUGUGCUAAUAUGUGGAAUAAAAACAGAAAAAACAAGAAUUGCUUCAAAACCAAGAUACAUUUUUAUGCGCAGAAAGUUCAACGUUAGAUAGUCAAUAUUCAUAGAAUGCUUGAAAUGAAAGUCGAAAAAAAAAACUGAAUAAGUGAGGAAAGAAGAAAGAAAAAAAACAAAUUACGAAAACAACACAGCACGUUGUGAGCGUGAGCAUGUUUACAUUCUGGCUAUAUCGAAUUCGUUGCCACAUGAGUGAGUGUUGUUGUUCUGUCGCAUACUCAUGAUGUGAUAAUUUCUCUUCUCUGUGUGUGCGCAUUACAGUAUGUGUACACGCUUCGUUGUGGUGUUUGUUGUGGAUGGAGUGAGCGAACGAGAACAAAAAAAAAACAAACACAUUGAUGCGGCGCUCACUUUAAAUGCUCGUACAUCACCUACUCGGAAGUUUAGUUUGCGUUCAAACACUCGUUUGGAAGGAGCUCCACAUUAUAGCAGCAAAGUUAGGCGACAAUAGUCUCUCACAACUUAGAAUCAAAUUGAAUUCUUCUUUUUAAUCUGCACAAAUUUUUGUGAUUUAUUUUGUCGCUCGCGCGCUAUCCAACGGAUAAAAUCUAUCGUGUGAAUUAAACGAAAUAAUUUUUCAACAGCUCAAAAAUAGAAAGAGAAUUUUUUUGUCAAGUGCAAUUUCGAAUUUUGAAUAAAAGUGGUUUUUAACCCGAUUUAAAGCAAUCGUUACACUUAAAUCGUCGAUAAACGAUUAAAAGCAAAUAAUCUCCGAUAAAUUCAAGUCAAAAGUUAUUUUUUAAAAAAAGGAAGCAAAAUGUCUGCAUCACCAAUGGCCCGCAAUUUGUGCGCAUCACACGCUCAAUCGAUUCCAUCGAAGAAAGUCUUGAUCCACGAUCCAAACCAACUGCCCGAUGUCUACUCAUCAACACCCGGUGGCACCUUGUACUCAACUACUCCAGGAGGUACUCGUAUCAUUUACGAACGUGCUUUCUUGAUGAAUCUCAAAAAUUCGCCAUUGGCUCGUACUCCACCAUCGGUGCCAAGCUGUUUGGUGCGUGGCAACAAAAAUGUGCCGAUGUCAAAGCUCAGCGGCAACAGCAACACCAAUAGAUAUCCAAGCGCGAUCAGUCGAAGCCCACCAACGUAUCCAAGCUCGAUCAGCCGAAGCCCACCAACGCAUAAGUCAUGCGAUGACCAACAAUUUGAUAUGGACCUUUAAACACCAUGCUUUCAAUUGCAAAGCAUACAAUUUCAUCUCAACACCUCAUUUGCGAAACUGAAAAUCCUAGAUUUUAGCAACAAGUAUCUAUCCAUACAAAAACAUUGUUUUACCCUGUGUCUCGUUCACUUGAAACAGCGGUAAUAGUUUUAAGGCGCAUUUACAGAAAGAAACUUGAGAAAAAACAAAUUCUUUGAAACCGCUGUGAUUAUGUUAUUCAAAGCAAUCCCAGAUAUAUUGCGGUUUAGAAAACAAAAAAAAACCUAGAAAAAUGCCGUUUAACUGUACGAAUUCAUUAGAACAAUUUCAUCAGACUGCUAAAUUCGAGUUUCGUUCGAAAUUCCCUUGAUAUUUAUCCAAUCAUUCUCAACGAAAAAAAGGAAACAAAAACAAAACCAUUUGGAAAUUCAUUAGCAUUUAAAUUGUAUUGUUUAAGUUGUAUCAGUAGAAAAGAUAUUAAAUCUACCAAAAAUGAAAAAGAGAAAGAAAAAAAAAACGCUUUCUUAUCGUUUAACAUCCAACUUUAUUUUGGUGUUUUUUUUUGUGUUUUGUUUUUUGUUCUAAGAACAAAUCUGUUAAAUUUAAAAAAAAAUUGAAUAAAUUGAAAAUAACUUGAGAAAAUUA